AUGCAUUUUUCUAUUCCUGAUUCGCAACAAUUUCGUGAUGAUAAUGGUAUCACUUACACUGGAUAUAAUAUUUAUAUCGAUGGCUUUUUUCAUUGUACUGCUCGGUAUAAACAAUUGCUCAGCCUUCACGAACAAUUGCAAGCUCAGUACCCGCAUUUCAAGUUACCACAAUUUCCAUCUAAGAAAUUUUUCUUAACAAGCUCUCAAUUGGAAGAGAGAAGAAUUCUAUUAGAAAAAUAUAUACAAUUAGUUGGACAAAAUCCGGUGUUCUCAAAUUCUGGCAUAUUAAUUACAUUCUUAUUUUCUGCUCAACAAGAGACUCAUUCUGUAAGAGUCCAUGUAGUAGAUAUAGAAAUUUCCUUAAUGAAUGGUUACAGAAUACCACUAUCUGUAUCAUCUACAGAUUGCUCUAGUACAGUGUUAGAUAUUGCUUGUAAUUAUGUGAACUUAUCUAAAGAUUUUACAAAAUAUUUUUCCUUAUAUUUAUUUAACUGGAGCUGUGCGAAAGACGGCCAACCUUGUACGAAAAAGCUAGAGGAUUAUGAAUCUCCAUAUAUAUCUCAAAAGUAUGUGAGGCCUGAUGACAAAAUUGUACUAAGAAAAAGUUACUGGGAUCCAUGCUAUGAUUUAGAUUUAAUGAUAGACAGAGUUUCCUUAGAUUUACUAUAUUUACAACUUAUUGAAGAAAUAGACUUGGGUUGGAUAAUUGCUGACCAGCAAACAAAAGAGAUUCUAUCAUCAUGCGAAGGCAAGAAGCAAAAGCGAGAGUACAUAGAGCUUGCACGUACAUUGAGGCACUAUAGCAGUAUCCCAGCGGGUGAAGCGGUAACGGACGCUGCCAAUGUAGGCGAAAGUGGUGCCAGCGUGCGUGUUCGAGUGUCGUUAGCGUCCAAAGAACUUACCUUGACCAGUUGUGUUCAUCCCAACAACGAACAAAGAUAUAAAGUCACUAGAAUGAGAUGUUGGCGAAUAACUACUUUACAUAAUGUGGAUCGAAAUCAAACCAACGGCCAUGAUUCGCUGCUCGACGAGCCGAGCAAAAACUUUGAGCUCUCGUUUGAAUAUCUCAUUAGCAAAGAUAAUUUGGUGUGGGUGACGCUGCGGACGGAACAUGCAAUAUUUAUAAGUGUCUGUUUACAGUCAAUAGUAGAUGAGCUAAUGCGCCAGAAGAACGGCGAAGGGCCGGCGUCACCGCGCUGCAAACGCGCCAGUCUCACGUACCUGAGACGUGAUGGCUCCACACAUCUCAUAACGCCGUCAUCGUCCAGUGAUACUCUUAGUUCUAAUGGAGAUUCAUCUGGCAGUUCCAGAGAAAUCUUCUCAGUACAGAAGCUAACAGAAAAAUUUGCAUCCGUUGCAUUCAAAUCCGGCAAAGACUGUGUGGAAAACAAUGCCUUUGAAGCGAUAGGGGAUGAGGAACUG